CAGUUGGCAGAUCCACGAGUGCACUCUAGCACAAGCUUGUGCGCACGACUGUACCGUUUUCGGCUGCCCAGGCAAGGUUCGCCUGAUACCAGCGUUAAUGCUUGAUUCCUUUCAGUGGAACUGGUAGCCUGAGACGCCAAGACAGCAGUUUCCAAUACGUCGGGGUUUCGUCAAUCGUUUAGCGUUUGUGUUUAGUACCUUGAACAACGCUUCUUGGUUGACCCGGAGAGGCACCAGCCAUAAUAAUUCGACACCCGAUCAUUCCGAAAAGCACCAGUCAUAAUAAACUGACACCCGAUCCUAGUCAGCAUGGCGUCAACGGCAGUCGACGAAAAGCUGCUUCGGUUCGGGCAGGCCCUUGAAUCAGUGAUCGACGCGGAGAUCGAGAAGAUCGAGACGGACGACAUUCAGCAGCUGCGGGAGCGGCGCCUUAAGGAGCUCAAGCAGCAGGCGCAGAAGAAGCAGGAGUGGAUGGCGGCCGGCCAUGGACACUACAAAGAGCUCUCUUCAGAGAAGGAGUUCUUCAGUGAAGUCAAGACGUCGGACCACGUCGUCUGUCACUUUUUCAGAAGCAGCCGUCCGUGCCAGAUCAUGGAUAAGCACCUCGAGAUCUUGGCGAGGGAGCAUCUAGAGGCGAAGUUCCUGCGGAUCAACGCGGAGAAGAGCCCGUACCUGGCGGAGAAGCUGCGGAUAUUCAUGCUGCCCACUCUUGCGCUGGUGCACAGAGGCAAAGUCACCGGAUACGUGGUUGGAUUCGACGAGCUCGGCGGAACUGAGGAGUUUCCCACAGAAGUUCUCGAGACUCGGCUCGUGCUGGGCGGAGCCCUCUCCGAGGAGAAGCUGACUGGCCGCCGGCAACCCAAGCAGGAAGCGGCGAGCGUGAGACGAGGUGGUGAUAGCGGCAGCGAUGACGACGAAUACUAGCCACUGAUUUGUGGAACUAAAGCGCCUUCUCCUAACAUGCUAGCUCUGUUUGCCAAUAUAGAGUCCUGUGUUUCUUUGUGGGAAAAAUCUCACUUGGUGCGUAGGGUAUGCCUGGCUGUACUAGAGUCACAACCAACUGUACAAAAGACACUGUCGAGAGACCCACUGGGGUCGCCCUAGAAGAUCCUCGAAAGGGUCACAGGCCUCUAUGCCUGGGGGGUUAUCGAGCCCUUAUAGCAUAGUGGUUGGCAGCAGCUGUGCAUUCUGAGAGACCAGUACAAUGCCACUGUAUAAUAGGCCGCGAUUUUCAUGCGAGGUUAUGGCCUUCUAGAUGCAAGA